UUGUCAUUGAUGGCUUUUGGUUUCCUGAGUCGGUUGCAAGAAGGAAACUACACCAGAUGGUGUGGAGAACCAGAGUGUCAGGGCCAAACGUCUCCCCACACAUCCUGGGGACAAAGGGGGCAGUUGGAGAGCUGAGAUCACCCCAGUCUCCCUUCUUCCUUCGAACUGUGAAACUGAAGACAGAAUCUUGGUCCGUGUGGAAGGGACGCUAUGGUCAUAGGAUUCCUGUCUCUGCUUUGCGUCGGACUCUGUCUGGGCUAUGAACAUGAGCAAAAGAAUGAGAAACUUCCCAAACCCUCCCUGAGCGCCUUGCCCAGAUCAGUGGUUGAACGCAGUAGUAAUGUGACCCUGAAGUGCCAAUGUCACUUCCAGAAUGUGACGUUCAUGCUGGGGAAGUUGCAGGAUUCUGGGUACGAGAAGGAGCAGAGUUCAGCAGGGCACGAUGCUGAAUUCCUCCUCAUGAACCUGGAGCCUAAGAAUGCUGGAACAUACUUUUGUGCCUACAAGAUAACAGGUUCCCACGAGUGGUCAGAGAAGAGUGAACACCUACAACUGGUGGUCACAGAUGGCCAUGAUGGACCCGGAGCUUCCUCAAUAAAAACAGACACCAGAAUCAUCUUUGUCACCACCUUCAGCUGCCUCAUCAUCUUUCUCCUCUUCCCCUCUGUCUUCCUCAUCUACAGAUGCACUCAGCAUGGUUCAUCACAUGAAGAAUCCAACAAGAGAACCAGCCACUCCAAAUUUCCCCAGCAAGAGGCUUCAGAUUUAUCCAGGCCAGAAAGAGUAUCCCUCUCGACUGAAGAUCCCCAGGAAGGGACCUAUGCUGAUCUAAACACGGAGGCACCAUCUGAGGCAGCUUCUGUCCCCGCCGAGGAGCCCCCAGGGUCCUGUGAAUGUGCAACGCUGACGGCGUAGGAGGAUGGCAGAAGCCCCUGGAGGAAAGGCAUCUUCCCUGGGAAGCAGAGUAUGGAUUAAGAUGACUGAGAGGACUAGACAUAUGGAGAUCCAGGUCACUCUGUGUCCUCGGUGCAAAAUCCGUAAUACUAUUAACUUUUUCUCUUCUUGCUUCCACUCCUAUCAAAAAUUACUAGAUUGGUCUUCCCAAAAUCUGCAGUGUGACUUUAGUAUGGUUUGACUUAAAACAUAGGCUAAGAAUAUGUACUUUAUAUACAAGUGCGUGCGCGCACACACGAGGUUGGACAAUUACAUUCGUGGACAAUUACUGUGUAAGUGCAUGGUGGAAAGUUCACGUGCUUUACACACACACACACACACACACACACACACACACACACACACUGUUAGGGAAUUCUGGAAGGCACCACAUAAAUAGAAAAUAGUUUCCCCAGAGAAGCUUGUAUGGUUGCUGUUGGGUGAAACAUUCCAUAGACACAGGGAUUUUGCAAAGGAACACAAAACAUGAGCCACAAAGGUAGACACUCAAUUGUGAGCUAACAAAAGCAUCCCUAUGUAGCAUGCACCCUGGUAAGUAGCUAAAUAUAUUUACUUCAUUAUUCUUUUAUGCCUUGCUAGGAAGCCAUCUAAUCUCAAGACCAGUUUUCUCUCUGACACGAGUGUAAGAGUUUUCUUAGUACCAUCAUAUUUCUGUUUAUUUUAUUUCUUUAUUAUUAAAAAUCAAAGGACACAAUGAAGUCAGACUUAGAGAAUAUAUGUGGAUUUUGUCAUAUGGUGCCUAUAACUUAAUUUAGGAGAAUACAUCAGUGUAAGGAUUUUUCUGAGUAUGGACUCUUUUGUGUGACAAUGGCACCAAAUGACAUAAAUAAAAGAGCUUUGCUUCCAAAGUUAUGUCACUCAAUCACGUUUGAAAGUCAUUGUUAAAUAUACAAAUGAAUGAAAGUGUAAAGAUUAGGAACGUAUAUGUAAAUAUUCUUAAUGCAUAAGCGUAUGCUGCAUAACUUUUCUCUUUUUAAGUUUUUAAUUAUGAAAGAAUUUGAUCAUAAAGAAAAACACCAAAUAAUAUAAACAGAAAUAUGCACAUUGACCUUAUGUUCUAGACAUGAAUAUUUUGCUAUGAUUUUACUUCUGCCACUUUCAAUCUCUUUCCUCUCUCUCUUCCCCAGAGGUAAACAUUGUAUUAUUCCUAUGUGUUUUUUCACACUUUACUACACAAGCAUCUAUAAAUAGUCAAUAUGCAGCACUAUUUUAUGUGUGAUUUACAUAUACAUAUAUGGAGUCAUACUGUAUAUUAUAAUUCUUUUUUUAUUGUCCUCAACAUUAUGCUUUUGAAAUUCAUCCAGUUGAUUUUUGUGGGUCUAACUUAUUGUUUACAGUAUAGAAUUCAGUUGUUGACCUUACUGUGGAAUAUUAUUCACCCAUAAAAAGGGAUGAGGCACCAUUACGUGCCACAAUAUAGAUGAACCUUGAAAACAUUAUUAUUAUAAUUAAAAGAAGCCAGACACAAAAAGCUGCGUAUUGUAGGAUUCCAUUUACGUGAAAUGUCCAGAAUAGAUAGAUCCUUAGAGACAGG